AUGUCUUACAAGCUUAAUAACUCUAACACAUUCUCUCCUUUAAGAGCAAAUAAAUCAAUACCAAGUUUAGGAGGAGGUAUAAAUAUUAGAGAUACAGAUGCAUAUUCCACAAUGAUAGUUGAAGAUUUACUUCAGGGAGCUAAUGAGUGGAGAAAUAUUUAAGAUAUUAUUAGAUUAACUCUAAGAGCAUUAACAGAUGUAGUAAAAGCAUAAUCUGAUACAAUAAGAGAAAUAGAAAGGUAACUCCCUACAAAGGCUAGUAAAAGUGAAAUGAACACCUAAUUAGCAUAAAAGGCGAAUAUUACUGAAGUCAGUAGAACAAUAGCAGAAAUAGCAUAAGGAAUAGACAACAAAAUUUGUUAUGAUGAUCUCUAGCUUAUGUUAAAAGAUUUUGUUUCAAAGAAUGAUUUGUAAUACUAGCUUUCUAGUAAAGUUAAUAUUGAAGAAGUUAGAUCACUUCUUUAAACUAAAGCAUCGAAUAUGGAUUUAAAGCAAGAAUUAUAAUUGUUAAAUGUAAAAUUCGAAGAACUUUAACGCGAAUUUGCAAAGAAAGCUGCUACAAAUGUUUAGCAUAAAGAUAUUGAAUAUGUUAUCAGUUAAUUAGAAUUAAAGGCAAAUGUUCAAGAUGUAAAUGAAGCCCUUGAGACAAAAGCAAACAAAGCAAGUGUCUCUAAUGCUCUUCAUCGUAAAGCUAACAAAGUUGAUAUUGAAAAUUAGUAUGCUAAAAAGUAAGAUAUUGCAAAUAUUGGAAAUCUUUUAAAUAAUAUGGAUGAAAAAGCUGAAUACUCUAGCAUUGAAAAAAUUAUGUAGAUUUUAAAUAAUAAAGUUGAUAAGUCUGACUUUGCUUAACUUUGUAAUACUUUAGAUCAAUAAGGGGGAGAUCCAAAAGAAGUUUAACUUUUAAAAAAUGAGUUUUCUUCAUUCAAGAGUAACUUUUCUUAGAUUGAUCGCUAACUUGGUUUAGAUAAAAUUCGUGCUGAUAUUAAUGGCUUAGACCAGACUAUUCAAGCUCUUAUUUAGAACAAUUUAGGAGGUGUUUAGAGUGAUAAAGUUUUGCUUAGCUUAGAAAAAAAAUGUGAUGUGUCUUAGGCAUUUGAUUUAGUAAACAAAGCCAAAAACGACUUUUAAGAUUCUUUGAUAAAAAUAUAAGAUGAACAGUCGAAAUCAUAACAAAUUUUCACAGAUAAAUAUUUUAAAAUCUUAGAAUCUGUUAAAGAUGAGAUCAUAAAUUUAAAAGAUUAAUUAAAUCAUUCAAAUGAGGAGAGAUAUUAAACAGAAUAAUAACUAACUGAUUAUAUUAAACAAUAAAGUGAGUUGGUUUAAAGUGAUUUAAUGUAGGAAAUAGAUAAAGUCUAUAAUGAAUUAGACGAAGUUCGUAAGUAAAUAGAUGAUGUUUCUUCUCUCAAAAUUGACAAAAAAGAGCAUGGCGAAUUUAAAUCUAAAGUUAUGGGUAUCUUAGAAGAUAAAGUUGAUCUUUCAGAAGUUUAAUAAGCCUUAAAUGUUUGCUAAGCAGAUAUCUCGGCUAGAUUUGUGGAAUAUAAAGAAGAAAUGAAAUUAAAGUUAAAGAACGUUGAAGGAGAUAUCCUCAAUGCUGUAUCGAAGAAAGCUAACCUGCAAGAUAUUCAAGACAUCUUAAAUUCUAAAGUAGAUGCUAGUAUGGUCCAAUAGAUCAUAAGUAAAAGAGCUAACUCUAAAGAAGUAGAAGCACUUAGAGUAAUAGUUGACAAGAUAUCAGUAGAUAUAGAGGAAAAGUUAACUGUAAAUGACUUUGAAAACCAUGUACUAUAAACUAAAAAUGCUCUCGAUGCUAUUUAAAAAGAUAUGAUACUAAAGGCAAAUAUAAAAGAUGUCUGUGCUCUCUUAGACACUAAAGCGAAUAUUGACGACAUGAAUAAAGCUUUGACUGAAAUCUAUAAGGAUUUAGACUCUAAAUCUAGCUAAGAAGAUUUAAAUAUUAUAAUUAAUGACCAAGCUAUCAUAAAUGAAUCUCUUUGUACUGAAAAUAUUGUCGGCAGAUGGACAUGGAAAAGUUAAAAUUUGAAAUAAGGAAAUUUAGUUCCUUGGGAGUCUUAGGUCGUCAAUACAUUACCUGAUAACUUCUAAUGGGAGAAAGAUAAAUCUUAUAUUAUGUGUGUUACUCCUGGUUUAUACUAGGUCAGUUUUGGAUUCUUUUGUUCAAAGAAACCCUCCAUUUAAUUACUGGUUAAUGGAGAGCUUGCUAUUUCUACACUUGGUAAUGAGGGCCACACUGUAAACUAGAAGUUUAUUAAUUAUGGCAAUCAUCCUAGUGGAAACAUAACAGGUAUGACUCUUAAUGAAUUCUUAGUAUUACCUGAAAGAGCUAGAAUUAGCAUUAUAUAUGAAGGUGAUUUUGGUGCUGAAGGUUUCUUAGGAUUAAAGAGAUUGUGA